UAACAUUCUUUAGUUUCCACUCUCUUGUCGGUGCAGUCACAGCUACAACUCACCGUAGUGUUCAGUUGGGAAGACUAAGCUCCGCAAGCAUGCUGCCUAAAUCAAGCUACUUUUUAAUAUUUAUACUGUUAAUCAUAUUUUUUGCGGGGCUGCUUCCAAACAAACGCCGACCGAUCCUUUACAAUCGGCUCACGUUCAACUACACUGAAGAAAGUUCUUCUUGGUAUUGUGACGAUGUGUUCUUCAACGUGCUGAAAAAGCACAUCAAUGCCUACGGCGGUGCAGAGAUCACCAAAGAGCACAGCUUCUGGCAGGAGUUGAGCUCUGCCGAACCGGCCAACAUCAGCUUCCAUCUAUUUACGCGACAAAACCCUACCAUCAGCCAGCGAUUAGUGCCGACGGUGCAGUCGGUCGAGAGUUCCUUCUUCAACGGCUCGCGCCCAACGCGGGUGAUCGUGCAUGGAUUCUGCAACUGCCAGCAUUCGGAUUUUUGCCAAAGCGUGAAAGAUGCGCUGCUGUAUGCGAACGACGUUAACAUUAUCUCGAUCGACUGGAGCGACACGGCGGGACUGUUAGACUACAUUCUGCUUAGAUUGCGGCUAGAUCAGGUUGCUGCAUCUUUGGCUGGCUUUGUCGACUUUCUGCACAACACUACCAACCUUGAUCUAAGUCAGCUGCAUCUGGUUGGUCACAGCCUUGGAGCGCACCUAGCCGGGCUGAGCGGGAAACGAGUCACAAGCGGGCGGGUAGGCGCUAUCAUUGGACUUGAUCCCGCUGGACCCCUUUUCUCCAGCCGGGACCCCAAGAGUCGUUUGGAUGGCACGGAUGCAGCGUACGUGGAAGUGAUCCACACGAACGGCGGUGCACUGGGCAUGUACGAUCCGAUCGGUACAGCUGAUUUUUACCCGAAUGGCGGCAAACACCAGCCCGGUUGUCUGCCGUGGAUAUUCGGAAUGUCCUGUUCACAUGGCCGCGCCUGGGAGCUGUAUGCCGAGUCCGUUUAUACACCGGUCGGGUUUAAGGCGGUACCGUGCGAUACCGUGCAGCAAAUCGAAGGCAGCGUAUGCCGCAUCGAUCUUCCAACGGUGGAUAUGGGAGGCGAACCCGUGAACAAAACAAAAUCUGGCCUGUUUGUCCUAUCGACCAACAGUCGUUUCCCGUACGCAAGAGGAUGAAAUAAAAAAACGA